AUGACCAAAGCCUACCAAUACCACCCUCUUGCACAUGAUGAACAGCAGAUACGAGUGUUGCGUUUCGAGCAGGGUCAACCUGAUGACGAUCACCUACUGCGCUUCAAAUUGGAAAGUUUGACCUUGCACACCGACCUGCAGGAACCAUACUAUGCCAUAUCAUACGCGUGGGGCGAGAAUCCUGGUCUUGCUCCGAUCAUUAUGGAUGGACGAGAAGCACUCGUUCCAGACAGUGCCGAAGAAGCUUUAAGAGGCAUACUACGAGCAAUCAGGACGGAUGAGAGUCAUCAAGCCACUCUCAUAUGGAUCGACGCCGUUUGUAUCAACCAAGAUGAUCUAGAGGAGAAAUCACACCAGGUUGCCAUGAUGGGUAGGGUUUUUGCCAAGGCUCACCUGGUGUUCUCCUGGCUAGGUCCGGACGAUGGGACGACGCCAGCAGCGAUUCAAAGUUUCGAGGCUCUUCAACGACAGUAUCGUCAGCUGACUGGUGAUCAGCACGAUCUUAAUUAUCUGUUCAAUUUGCCUCGAUACCAUUGUGAGAAUCUACCCUUCAUGCGUGUCGCACCUCCUGCCACCCCACCUGUUGCUCGCGUCCAUGCGAAUCAACAGGCUGUCGUUCAUAUUGGGCACGAGGCAUCGAAUGAAUUGCACGUUCAGGGUGUGUGCGUUGGAGAAGUGGUCAAUUUGCUGGAUCUAGAAGGCAAUUCGAACACCACGCUGCUCGAAUGGCUUGUUGGCGUCUGGUCGGCAGAUCUGGACACAACCAAUCCGAAGAACACAGCUGCGGCUUUGUUUAGUGGUAACUACAAGACCCUGCGUGUGGACGAUGCGACGCAUCUGCUUCCAUACUUUAUGGCGUUCAUCAAUCACUGGAAGGAUCAAUGCAGUCCAUCGACACGAUCUGUGUUGGAUCGUUUUGUUUCCAAGUUCGAGUUACGAGGAGCUGGUGAAGCUAUGUUUGACUGUGAACGCGCUUUCAAAGAUAAAAUUCUCUUUCAACUUGCAGACGGCAGGGUUGGCGUCACUUAUGCAAGACUGAGUCGUGGUGAUCAUAUCUGCGUCUUAUUUGGGGGAAGAGAUGCAUUUGUGUUAAGGCAGGAAGGCCCGAGGCAUAAAAUUCAAGGCCUUGCUUACAUUCCGGAUAUCCAUAAAGGGGAAUACAUCGACCAGCUUCGGGCUGAAGGCCGUCUUGAGGAAGAGACGCAGACUUUCAUCCUCACUUGA